AUGAAGGCCUCAUCCAUCCUCUUCUUCACCACCCUCGUGUCCAGCGGGCUGGCCCUGAGCAUCGACACCAGCAUCCUCAAGAGCCUCCAUCUCCGAGCAGCCGAAGACGCACAGCCGGCCGUCGCCCCGGAAGACAUCUUGAACCCGGUAGUCAAGGCGAGAGAGUGCGAAGAACCAGCCGAACCCGAAGAGCCCAGCGAAGCAGAGCGCAAGAACGGAGCCAAGCGCCCGUCCCGCCCAUCUCGGCCCUCCAACUGCUAA